AGUCUGCCGGCCGUCGCCUCUCUGUCCGCACUGUGCCGCGCUGUGGAGGCUGUUUAAACCGACAUCACCUCUAGCAGGCUUUUUUUCUUCUGUCUCUCUCUCUCUCCCUCCCUCUCUCUCUCUCUCUCUCUCCACCCUCCCCCCCUCUCUCUGGAUGGAUACGCGCGGUCGGUUGAGGGGACGUCGCUGCCCGUGGAAGCGCACCAUGUUCAGCAGUUCAGAGUAAAGGGACAACCUUUCGGCUCCAGAGUGGUGAAGCUCUGUAAAGCCAUUCCCGGGUUUUAGAGCGAGCAUCCCAGAGGGGUUGUGUGUUUCAUCAGGACCUUGGGACACACCUACACACACAUUGAUGUCCGGCCUCUCCAUAUUACAGUAGACCAGGCAGACCUCUAAUCUCUAAAAGAUUGAUGAGGUCCUGUUAAAGCUCAGGAGGCCUGGCACAGCGUCGAUAAGGCAGCUUUCAUUUCACCACAUUCUGCACCUCGCUCCCUCCUUUUCUUCUUCUCCUCCGUGCUGAGGGAUGCCGCUGCUGGCUUUGAGAGAGGGUCAUGACACAUCGAGGCCCCUGGGCAAGAAGGACAGUGUUUUAAGAAACGGGAACCAUGAAAUGCUCCGUAAACAACAGCUCUGUUUUCUUCUGUUGCUCCAUGUCGGACAGCCGCGUGGUAGCCGAGCAGGACGCCAGAGUCGGCAUGUCACUGUCAAACUGCUGGAGCUGGAAUAAAGUGAAACUACAGAGGGACAGUCAAAGCUGAGAGUUGCUAAACACACAUCACACACCUGCUCACAGACACACACACAGACCAAAACACACUCAGAGCGUUCCACACAGGACAAUGUGCAACAUCUCGUUCUGUGACGUGGACAGUCAGGUGGACCAGUUCUUCCAGCCAACGCUCUACAUCAUAGUCAUCGUUCUGGGACUGCCCACGAACUGCAUGGCGCUGUGGGCUGCCUACAUGCAGGUACGGCAACGCAAUGAGCUCGGCAUCUACCUGAUCAACCUGUCAGUGGCUGACCUCCUCUACAUCACCACUCUUCCUCUGUGGAUCGACUACUUCCUGCAGCACGAUGACUGGAUCCACGGUCAGGAGAGCUGCAAGCUUUUCGGCUUCAUCUUCUACACAAAUAUCUACGUCAGCAUCGCCUUCCUCUGCUGUAUAUCCCUGGACAGGUACCUGGCCGUGGCAUAUCCUCUGCGCUUUGCCAAGGUUCGACGUAUCAAAACAGCUGUCCUGGUCAGCGCCAUGGUGUGGAUCAUUGAGAUCGUAGCCAACUCUGCGCCCCUCUUCCACGAUGAGCUCUUCCAGGAUCGCUUCAACCACACCUUCUGCUUUGAGAAGUAUCCCAUGCAGGACUGGGUGGCAGGGAUGAACCUCUACAGGACUUUUCUGGGCUUUCUCGCUCCAUGGACAGCCAUGCUCGUGGCCUACCGGGGGAUUUUGGCGGCGGUGCGCUGCAACGUCUCGACGGAGCGCGAGGAAAAGGCCAAAAUUCAGCGUCUGGCACUAAGUCUCAUCCUAAUCGUUUUGCUCUGCUUCGGACCGUACCACAUCCUCCUCCUGGUGCGAAGCAUCAUGUUUCUAAGGAAGCCGUGUGACUGUGGCUCAGAGGAGAACUUGUUUGCAGCGUACCAUGUAUCGUUGGCGCUGACGAGCCUCAACUGCGUCGCCGACCCCAUCCUGUACUGUUUCGUCAACGAGGGGGCUCGGCACGACGUUGGCCGAGCGCUCUCGGCUUUACUCUCUGCAGCUUGCAAGAGGGGCUCCUCUUCCUCACCCUCACACGGAGACAUGCUCCACGCCGGCUCAGUGACUAUAGACACGCCGCUAUCAGCAAAGAAGCAGACUUGUGUGUACUCCGAUGGAGCCAAGACAAGCAGCUACAAGACAGAACUGGUGGCUCUGAAGGAGGAGUGUCUACAGAUGACCAUCCUCGGUGUUAGGAAGUGACUCCAGCCACAAAUAAACUAAGCAAAUUGUCUGUAGCCACGGUAGCAGCCCCUGUGAGAUUGAGACACAGCAGGAAACAAAGUUAGUGGGUGAACUACUGGGCUAUUGUUAUAGUGGGGCAACAAAUGUGGCCUGAGGGUGACACUUAAGGACAGGUCCUGUAUUAUCUUCAAUCCCAGAGUGCAACUGAGGCGGACAAGCCUACUAGUCAUUAGCCUGAGCGGUGAAGGGUUGGACCAGAGCAGAUUUUGACCUGCCUGCGGCACUAUAUGUAAAAGUCAGGCGAUCACCAAAGUCCUCACGAUUCAGCAUCACAACCACAAAUGUCCUCCCAAUCUGUCCUUCCUUUCAGUCUGGUCCAAAGUGUUGGACCAACAGAUCAAAAGACUAGCUGACGUCCCUACAGUCGUCCCACUGGUGCGGCUCAUAAGGAUCUUAUUAAAGACCACUUGUACAACUAUCCACUGUGUCAGGAAUAAUUCACAAUGCCCAGGAAAAUGCUCUUGAAUACUAAAGUGGAAUUAUUUAAACGCUCCACGUCCUGCAUGGCUGACUAUUGUUAGUGGUGGUAGAGGAGAUGCGCUCUGAAUUCAAACUACAUGGAAUUCAUUCAAACUGGACAAAGGGAAGUUGUAGAGGAUUGGGAUUUCACAAACAAAUGCACCACUUUGAAUUAUGGAAGAAGGGUAAAAAUGUUUUUACAAAAGAAAGAUUGUCAAUUACUGGUCAAUAAAAUGUUUUUAAUGUCUGAA